UUUCAGAUACGAUACAUUAUAUAGGUAAGGUUAUGUCGGCUGUUAUAACAGAUAAGCACCCGAAGCUCACUGGCUUAACAAAUGGGAAGUCCAAUCAGCCAGGACGCGUGUAGGGGAGGUGACGGGGUUGUCUGCUCUACGCAGACAUUCCGGGACCCAGGCUGAUGGAGGUUCGACCACAUUCAGUAUGUGGCUUCGGAUGCCAUCCUGGAAUCAGGAUCUGGCCAGAUUGCAGGGGAAGAGAGCGCGUACAGAAUCACAUGGGAAGUUUUUACAGGCCCAACCUGAGAGUGAUGUACUUUACUUCCGCCCACGUACCAAAGGCCAGAAAUUCAAGGUCACGCCUAACCAUGUUUAGUGGACAGCUAACCUGUCCCUGACACAUACAUGAUUGCGAUAUAAUAAUUGGAAAACAUAAACCUGGGCCCUGGAUUUAUGUUUUCACCUCGGGGCAAGUCAGGCUGAAUUUAUGUCUGAGUGUUUGUGACUAUAUGUGAAUCCUGAAAUGUGUAAGAACUGAUUGAGAGAGUUUUGUUCACAGGUAUGUUAUAGAAUGGCUGCCUCUGAAGCAUGGUGUGCUAAGGAAUGAGGAUAAUUCUGACUUUUCCUCAUUUUAUUUUUCAGAGUUCUGGGAAGAUCACCUCCCUAGUGAAGUCUUUCACCUACCAUCAGGGUUGUUGAGAAGGUUGAAUGCGAGAACGCUACAUGAUCUGCGGAUCCCAGUACAAAAGGCAAAUGUAGGACCCUUUGUUCAAAAAUCACUAAGAAUUUCAAGAGUGGGACAGCAGGGAGUUAAACCAAGCGUGAGGCCCUUCUGAGCGCAGGGCCUGUGCCACUGCACGGAUUGCACACCCAGCAAGCGGCCAGGCGCUGGAAGACGCAGAAGCCUUGGCACACAGUGGGCGCUAAAUAAAUGCUCAUUCACCUUCGUGACAGCGCACGCCGCCAGUCCUGUCAACACUGACCCCUGGCUAUCACUCGUCCCUGACCUGAGGACAAGACCCGGAACUGCGCUCGCGAUGGAGUCCCGCGGUGAAGACCAGCCUCCAGCCCCGCUGUCCCCCGUCGCUCCGGCGGGUGUGUGAGCCUCAUCCUGGCCGGAUGUGGCCGCUCGGCCGCUGCGCCGCGCCGCGCACCGCGGGGGACACCCUCGGGAGGAACGGGGUCAGUCAGGCGCCCCCGGGCGCGUCUCGGAGGCCCGGACGGCUCGCAGCCAGGCCCGGGUUCCGGGUCUCGCGGGCGCAGCGUGCGUCCGGGCCUCGCCGCAGUGUUUACCGGUUGCCCGAGGAGACGCACCGCGCGCACCGGCGGCUCCCGCGCCCCCCUGGCUCCCCGCCGCCCGCGGGUCCGAGCGCGCAGCGGGGCCCCGGCCGCCAUGAGCUGCUCCGGCCGACGGCGCCCGCAGCCCACCCGCCGCGCCGCCUUCGGCGUCAAGUCGCCAGCGCCCGAGGAAACUUAUAAUCAUCUCUUGGAAGUCACAGUUACUCGGGAGCAGUUAAACCACUAUCGGAAUGUGGCCGAGGCUGCCCGGAGUGAACUUGCAGCAACUCUGGUCAAAUUUGAAUCUGCUCAGUCUGAGCUUCGAAAACUGAGAUCCAAGAUGCUUUCCAAAGAAGUUUCCUGUCAAGAGUUGAAAGCUGAAAUGGAGAACUACGGAGAAAACAAUGCCAGAGAAUCGUCUCUCCUCACCUCUUUGAGAGAUAGAGUUCAGGAGCUAGAAGAAGAAUCAGCGUCACUCUCCACUUCUAAAGUUAGAACUAAAAUCACAGCUCAGUCUGCAGUCAAGGAGAACCAGGAGUUAAAGAAGAAAGUUGUAGAACUGGACGAGAAAUUGCAAAGAUGUUUAAAGGAAAACAAGGAGAAUAAGGAUCAAGUCUCACAGAAUUGCAGGGAACAUGAGGAAUAUCUGGCUUAACUUCAUGACUGCUUAGAUCCAGGGAAGAAGAAUGAAAAGGCAUCAGAUGAAGAUUUAAUUCUAAAGCUUGGAGAGCUGUGCAAGGAAAACGCAUUCGUGAAAGGACAAAUCGUUACUCUUGAAGAGACUAAAAAUGUCCAUGAGAUGGAGGCAAAAGCUAGCAGAGAAACAAUCAUGACUGCUUCAGAAGUAAACAGAGAGCAGAAAGAAGCUGCCUCCUGCGUGGAAGAGAAAGAGAAGCUGAACCAGGACUUGCUCAGUGCUGUAGAGGAGAAAGAAGCUCUUGAAGGGGAAGUUAAGAUCCUCCAGGAAAGGCUGCUUGCUGGCCAGCGGGUCUGGGAUGCCUCAAAGCAGGAGCUGAACCUCUUGAAGGGAAGCCCUCUGGAGUUGGAGAAGAGUUUGAAGGCCAGUGUGGAUGCAGCCACAGCCUUGCAGAGCGAGUACUCCUCAUUUAGGGAGAAAAUUGCAGCCCUCCUGAGGAGGAGCUCGGGCACGCUUAGGCCCACGGAGGAUGCCAUUCUGGAGAGGAUUCGAGAAAUGGGCGACCGGGAAGAGAGCGGGAAACGGAUGGUCUCCCAGCUUGAAGCCCAAAUAUCUGAGCUUGUUGAACAGUUGGGAAAUGAGUCUGGGUUUCACCAGAGAGCUCUACAGAGAGCCCAGAAAGCAGAAAAGAAGUUGGAGACUCUUCAGGGUCAGCUGACACAUCUGGAGGGAGAGCUGGUCUCUGGAGAUGUUUUGCGAGACAACUUGAAUUUCGAGAAGCAAAAAUAUCUUAAAUUUCUGGAUCAGCUUUCAGAGAAGAUGAAGUUGGACCAGAUGGCUGCUGAACUUGGCUUCGACACGCGUCUGGAUGUAGUUUUAGCUCGUACAGAGCAGCUGGUCUGCCUCGAGAGUGGCACAGUCAUUGAAAACAAGACGGUCGCCUACAGUUUACAGAGAAAGCUAAAGACUCAGAAAGAAAGACUGGAGAGCAAAGAGCUGCACGUGAACCUCCUCUGGCAAAAAAUAGCCCAGCUGGAGGAGGAGAAGCAGGUGCAUUUGGCAUCGGCCGUGGAGAGGGACAAGGGCAAUGUCACCAUCAGGAAGUUGCAGAAGAAGGUGGAGAGGCUGCAGAAGGAGCUGAGUGUGUGUCGAGAAUCGAACACUGACCUCAAAGCCAAACUGGCUGACACCAGUGAGCUUCAGAUUAAAACUUUGGAACAGACCAAAGCUAUUGAAGACCUAAAUAAAUCCAGAGACAAACUGGAAAAGAUGAAGGAGAAUGCUGAGAAAAAGCUACUGUCUGUCAACUCAGAAUUGGAGACUACAGAGCAUGGGGCUAAGGAGAGUAAAGAGAGGGCCAGAAACAUGCUAGAAGUGGUAACCAGUGAAAUGAAGACAUUAAAAAAAUCUCUGGAAGAAGCAGAAGAGAGAGAAAAGCAGCUGGUGGACUUCAGGGAGGUGGUUUCUCAAAUGCUGGCCUUGAACAUGACCAGUCUCGCUCUUCCUGACUAUGAAAUCAUCAAAUGUCUUGAAAGACUGAUCCAUUCACACCAGCAUCACUUUGUCACCUGUGCCUGCCUCAAAGAUGUGACCACAAGGCAAGAUGGACACCCACAAGGCCACUUACAACUUCUUCAUUGAACACCAUAUCUCUUGAGGGAGGUGGAGAUGAGUGAUAGGACAGAGUUCUCAAUUUCACAAAUUCCCCAAACCUUUGAAGUUUGAUCAGUGUGUGAACAUCGUAUACUUUGAUGAUAGAGCAAGAAUCGAUCAUGGGCAAAAAAGGAUCUCAAAGGUGCCAGCCUUAGGUAAAUGUUUGGCGCUAAAAUCACCUAUUAUUGUAUUUGCUAGCACUUUGGGACCCAGAUGAAUUUCACUAGAUUGUGUAUCUAGAAUGGGAAAUGACGGUAGGGGAUUAACAAUUAUGGGGUUUCCAUUAUGAGUCAGGAGUUCUACUACCCAAUUUAAUUCUCAUAAUAACCAUGUGGAGAAACUUUAAUGUUUUUACUUUACAACCUCUCUGGGGCUUGAGAGGUGAUCUUGGUUACCUACCUAUGAUUGCAGUUAGUUAGUGACAGAACCAGAAUGAACACCAGGUUGGCUCAGUAUCAAAGACUGCACCUUCUCUGUUAUUUCACAGUCCUACUGUUUCUCCUGAAAUUCCUGCGAUUCUGGUGGAAAUUGCCUUCAUCACAAAGGAAGGAAAACAUCUGUACAAUCAAGGAUUGAAGUCCAAAAGUGACUGAGAUUUAUGAGUGUAACCCACAUGAUUUCUUUAAAAAGCCAUACACGGGCUUCCCUGGUGGCGCAGUGGUUGAGAGUAUACCUGCCGAUGCAGGGGACGCGGGUUCGUGCCCUGGUCCGGGAAGAUCCCACAUGCCGCGGAGCGGCUGGGCCCGUGAGCCAUGGCCGCUGAGCCUGCGCGUCCGGAGCCUGUGCUCCGCAACGGGAGAGGCCACAGCAGUGAGAGGCCCACAUACCGCAAAACAAACAAACAAGCAAACAUACACUGUCAUAAUAUUAUUUUUCCAUUUUGACUUAUCAUUAAUUGUAUUUCCAGAUUCAUAUAAGAGAUUAAAAAUGGUCCAUACUAAAAAUGGUUAGUCCUGUACUUUUUCCUUAUUACACAAAAUUACAUUCCAUUUAUCUAAAUAUGCAUUUAUAUAAUAUUUCCAAAAUAUAACUCAAGCAUAGAUACAAUCAUCUUUAAUACAUAUAGAAAUAUUUAAAGUGUUUGAAUAUAGUCCUUAGGAAUUUCUGGUGGAAAGACUAUAUGGGAUAAGAAAAAUAAAUUCUGUCUAUGUAUAUAUGUCGAUAUGCGCAUUAACUAUUUGUCGUUUGGACAAAUUGAGAAUCCCUUAAUAAAGCCAUUUCCCUUCUUGUUGAAAUGCCAGUUGGUUGUCGGCUUUCCCUCUGUGGCCUUCAUGCCAGAGGUGGCAGGCCAGCUUCACACUUUUGUGUUAGAUUUUGUUCUUCUGUAAUAUCCAUGUAUAUUUCAUGUUGUCCAAUAAAAUGCAUUAGUGUGAUGUGAUCUUCUAAA